AUGGCACCUCAAUCCUCUCCAUCGUCCUCCGCACCAUCCUCAUCCCUAAAACGCAAGCAACAGACCAUCUCAAGCUUCUUCACGCAAAAGUCCGCCUCAACCCCUCGAACAGCCUCAACAAGCAACAACCCAGAGCCUCCACAAGAAUUGUCAUCAAAGAAACGACCAGCUUCCCCCAUCCAGAACAAGGCAUCAAGAAAGCAGGACGAAGACGACGAUGACGAUGUUGUCGUACCACCCACAAAACGAGUUCGAACCGAUAGCUUCAAAACAACAGCAGACGACACGCCCGCCCUCGAACCUUCCAAACCCUUGUCCCAGCUGAGCAGCAGCCAGCGGACCGACAUAUUCAAGUUCCAAAGCUCUCCCGCCCCGAACGCCGAGAACGCGGAAGAUGCGGAGUCGAAGAGGGAAAAGGAGAAGCUCCACCAGAAGUUUGUCCGCAAGCUCGGCGGCGUGGACUGUGUGAUCGGAAUCGGCCGAAGCGCAAGCAAUGACUGUGCGACCGAGGGCGAGGGCGAGGAAGGAGAAGCAGAAGAGGACGACGAGCCUGCGCCUCCACCGAAGAAAGGAAAGGCCACUGCGAAGGGCGGGGCAAGUAAACUGACACCGAUGGAGAAGCAGGUUAUUGAGAUCAAGCGCAAGCAUAUGGAUACCGUGCUAGUGGUGGAGGUAGGGUACAAGUUUCGGUUUUUUGGAGAGGAUGCCCGCGUGGCGGCGAAGGAGCUGGGGAUUGUGUGUAUUCCGGGGAAGUUCAGGUUCGAUGAGCACCCCUCCGAGGCUCACAUCAAUCGGUUUGCGUCUGCGAGUAUUCCGGUUCACCGGCUGCAUGUCCAUGUCAAGCGACUUGUCACAGCAGGCCAUAAGGUUGGAGUGGUUCGGCAGAUUGAGACUGCUGCUUUGAAAGCCGCGGGGGACAACCGCAAUGCGCCGUUUGUGCGCAAGUUGACCAAUCUUUACACGAAGGGUACUUAUAUUGACGAUGUUGAGGGUCUUCAGGGCCCUGCCCCUGCUGCUGGAGGGCUCUCACCUGCCACAGGGUACAUGCUGUGCAUCACCGAGACGAAUGCCAAAGGCUGGGGGAAUGAUGAGCGUGUGCAUGUCGGUAUUGUCGGUGUUCAGCCAGCUACAGGUGAUAUCAUCUAUGAUGACUUCGAGGAUGGGUUUAUGCGGAGUGAGAUCGAGACUCGUCUUCUGCAUAUUGCACCUUGUGAAAUUGUGAUUGUGGGAGAGAUGUCUCGCGCUAGCGAAAAGCUCGUGCAACAUUUGUCUGGAAGUAAGACGAAUGUUUUCGGAGACGCCGUUCGCGUGGAGCGGGUUGCAAAGAAGAAGACUGCGGCCGCGGAAGCGCACAGCCAUGUAUCGAGCUUCUACGCUGGAAAGAUGAAGGCUACUGGCACUGAAGAGGACGUUGAGGCGGCCAAACUCCUGAAGAAUGUGUUAGGACUGCCAGAAAACGUGACCAUCUGUCUUUCGUCGAUGAUUGAGCACAUGACUGACUAUGGUCUGGAGCAUGUCUUCGAUCUGACAAACCGUUUUCUGCAAGAUCGCACAUGCUUUCUCAACGGAAACACACUGGUCAGCCUGGAAGUUUACCAGAAUCAAACAGAUCAUUCGUCCAAAGGAAGCCUCUUUUGGACACUGGAUCGGACUCAAACACGGUUUGGGCAACGUCUGUUGCGGCGUUGGGUUGGACGGCCUUUGCUGGAUAAGACACGGUUGGAAGAACGUACGAACGCCGUGGAGGAGUUGACGAAUCCGAGCCGCGUAGUUCCCGCGGAACGAAUGAAGGCUCUACUAGGGAAAAUCAAGAGUGACCUGGAAAGGAGUUUGAUCCGAAUUUACUAUGGCAAGUGCACGCGACCCGAGCUUCUUACAGUCCUCCAAACCAUGCAGAUGAUUUCAAUGGAAUUCGCGGAGGUCAAAUCUCCACAAGAUACGAAGUUUGACUCGCCAUUGAUUAGCGCAGCUAUUGCGUCCCUUCCAACAAUUCAAGCAGAUGUCACUCGCUACUUGGAUAGGAUCAACCUCCACGCCGCUCGAAGUGAUGAUAAAUAUUCAUUCUUCCGCGAAGAGAUGGAGACGGAAGAGAUCAGUAAUGAGAAGCUUGGGAUAGCCAGCAUUGAACAUGAGCUGGAAGAACAUCUCGCUGUGGCCGGGGAGCGCUUGGGGAGGAAAAAAGUCGAAUACGCCACUGUUUCCGGAAUCGAGUACUUGAUUGAGGUGGAGAACAGUUCGCUGGCCAUUAAGAAAGUGCCAGCCUCCUGGGUCAAGGUCAGUGGUACGAAGCAGAAAUCUCGCUUCCACACACCAGAAGUCAUACAACUGGUGCGUCAAAGGGACCAACACAAAGAGGCUCUGGCAGCAGCAUGCGAUAAAGCAUUCGCAGCACUCCUAGCCGAAAUAGCCACACAAUACCAGUCUUUCCGAGACUGCGUGCAGUCCCUCGCCACACUCGACUGCCUCCUCUCCCUAGCAGCCAUCGCCCAGCAACCUGGCUACGUGAAGCCCGAAUACACAGAGCACCCAUGCAUCCACAUCGAACAAGGGCGGCACCCGAUGGUUGAGCGUCUGCUCACAGAUACCUACGUACCAAACGACACAGCCCUGGAUACAGACGCCACCCGAGCGCUCCUAGUAACCGGGCCCAACAUGGGUGGAAAAUCCAGUUACGUGCGGCACGUAGCCCUCAUCGCCAUCAUGGGCCAAAUUGGCUCGUACGUCCCCGCUGCCUCCGCGCGCCUGGGCCUCCUCGACGCGGUAUUUACCCGCAUGGGCGCCUUUGAUAACAUGCUGGCCGGUGAGUCCACGUUCAUGGUCGAGCUGUCCGAAACAGCAGACAUCCUCAAGCAAGCCACGCCCCGGUCAUUGGUUAUUCUCGACGAAUUGGGCCGCGGCACAUCAACGCAUGAUGGUGUCGCUAUCGCGCAGGCUGUGCUGGACUACAUGGUCCGCUCCAUCCGCUCACUUACGCUGUUCAUUACGCAUUACCAGCAUCUCUCCCGCAUGGCCCGCUCGUUCCCGGAUAACUCGCUCCGGAAUGGCGACGAAGACAUCACGUUCUUGUAUGAAGUGGGCGAGGGCGUCGCACAUCGUAGCUACGGAUUGAACGUUGCGCGGCUGGCGAAUUUGCCUUCUUCGGUGCUGGAUGUUGCGAAGGAAAAGAGUGCGGAGCUAGAAGAGUCGAUAAAGAGGAAACGACUUGCUGCGCUUGCGGGGGCUGUGGGGAGAGUUGUUACUGGGGAUAGUGGCGAUGAUGAGCUGCUUGAUCGGCUACUUGCUAGUGCUGGGCAGCUGUCAUGA